AGUCUUUCACGCCCAUAAUUCAGCGCACGAGCUGGUGGUGCAUCUUGCGUCGGUCUGCAUUCUUCCAUCUUCCAUCAAGCACCGAGCGACGCGGCGAAGAUGCUGCUGCUGCUGCUGCUGGCGCUGAAUCCCUGCCUGGGCACCGUUAAUGGACUCCUUCCUGAAACUUGGACAGCUCCCGGUGUGGACUUGCAGUCGCACGCGCCCACGGAGGCGACCGGAGGACAAAAACCGACGACGCUGAGCGACCUGUUCAGCAAGGUGAAACAUCUGGAAGACGAUGAGCAUCAGAUGGACAACGAGAGCGCAAAAUCCAUUCAGCACAUCUAUAACAUCACCUCAAAUUACAGCAACGAAAGCAGCUCGGAGAUCGUUAGCGGAAAUCAAUCUGCCCCUGCUGUGGAAGCGGUCGAUAAGAGAUCAGGCAAUACAACUGAGGAGAUCCACAUGACCAGAACCGGGAACCAGUCCAUCGGCAAGGAAAAUGACAUUACUCAUGAGUGCAUAAUCGACGAGGACUGUGAGAGGGGUAGAUACUGUCUCUAUGACGAACACCACUCUGAGUGCACGCCUUGCAAGCAAUCAGAAGGGGCCUGCAGGAAAGAUGAGGAGUGCUGCGAGGGCCAGUUGUGUGUGUUGGGUCAUUGCAGGAACUCCACUAAAGGAGAAGCAGGAACCAUCUGCCAAGAACAAAGCGACUGUGACAGCGAUCUGUGCUGCGCCUUCCAUGAAGGUCUGCUUUUCCCAGUGUGCAGCCUCAAACCCAAAGAACGUGAACCCUGCAGCAUCUCCACCAAUCACCUGAUGGACCUGCUGUCAUGGGAUUUAGGACACAGGAGUCCAAAAGAGCACUGUCCCUGUGCUGGGGACCUGCAGUGCCAGCAUCUGGGUCGCAGCUUGGUGUGCUUGAAAGGGCCGACCUCCAGCGAAGAAGCUCUGAGCGACUCUCUGUACUCUGAGAUCGACUACAUCAUCUAAACCAGAACACAGAACCUGUUUACACAUGAAGUUAUUACAAUAUGGAGCUCUGGAAACUUCAGUGAGCCUUAAAGUCUUUAGCAGUCUGCUGUAGAAAAUGAUUACUCAAACCAUAACCGUAUUUACAGUCUGGUCAUCAUUAACGUGCUUCAUGUGCCAGUGUUCAGCUUGUCUCCAAGAGCAGUAGAUUUUAGCAGGAAGUGCACAAUAUAAAGGUUCACCCAAAGCUCUGCAGACAGUAUUAGACUGAAAGAUAUGCAUUGUAUAUUUAGGCACAUAUGACUGAAGGGUCACCGUGGAUGCUUAUAGACCAGUUAGUGGACUCCUGUUCGGGGAAACCCAGAGCUUCAGAGUUCAGCAUUUCACACUCUAUCAGUCCUCCAUGUACUAUAUUUGGUCAGUUAAGAAAAAAAGAAAUUGCUGCUCAAGGACAGAGUACAACACCCCUGAUUAAGAAUUAACUCAUAAAAUGCAAUCCUACACGGCGUCUCAAAGCUACAGAAAUGUAAACUUGCACUAAAUAAAAAGCUGAAAGAUUCUCAUUUUUAUGCGUGUUCUCAUUAAUCUUUGGAUUUCAUAAUCUGUAAAACCAGUCUAUAUGAUGGAAUAUCAAUAUCAUGUUAAAGUGUGACACAGUACACCAUUCUGCACCUCCACAGUUUUUAUGCAGUUGAUGUGAUGUUCAUUUUGUUAUUAGACAUUCAAAUUUUUUUACUUUAUUUCUAAAACGUCAUAAUACAAAAAAAAUUUAAAUAUUAUACUUAAUAUCAAAACCUGACUUAUAGUCCUGACACUGGAGAUGUGUUCCAAUGACCUCAUCGCAAAUUGAAUAUAUUGUCGAGUCGAGACACUGCCUCACUACCCAGGAGUCUUAAAGUAUGGUGAUUGGUAUGGGGGUAGUAUACUAUAAUUUGUUAAUAAUUUAAGAAAAUUACAGUACAUAUUUUAGCAAAAAAAGAGCAAUUUUACACUACUGCAAUGUAUAAACUUUACAGCAGGUGGACAAUCGCUGGUUCGUGAGAGUCGGGCGGAGUCGGUCUGGUGACGCCCGAAAAGGUAGGGAUGAGAGCUAAAAUUGGGUCUUGUACCACAUAGCUGUGUGCCAGCUGCACAAAAAUAUAUAUUUUUUUUUACAAUAUGGUCGCAUCGCUAUCGUCAUUGUAAUCUUGAAAAAUUGUAAGUCAAACCAUUUUAACUAAAGAACUACCUCCAUUUGUAAGUUUGCUUAAAUGCAAAUCUUUUUACGAUAGCUCUAAGCUUCACCAUCUGCUCUAUUGUAUCGUGUCUUCUUCACGAUUUGGAGUCACCAAGGCAUUUUUAAGCAUAUAAUUUGGAAGGAAACUAUAGAAGUCUGAGAGCGCGAUGAGAACGCGAUAAUCUUUCAGCAGGAAAAAGACAUGAACUCUUCUGCUGAAACCCCCCUCUCCCCCAUAAGGUCACUCCAGGGAACUAAUGUCCUGAAAUCAAGCACUCAGUCGGAAACUGAUUUUUUUUUUUAUUUCCAUAUUGGCAAGUCUACAGUGAACAGCUUGUGGCAGAGUUAGGAGCCCAGGGGGCCCACGAUGGUUCGGUUUAGUUCAGCGAUGCUUUGCACUGCUCUGCACUGUGUGGCUCUAAAGCAGGGUCAGCAAACUCCACCUAACCAUAGCACGGUCUGGUGGAUUUCCUGCACUAACCCAACUAUGAACCCUGGUCAUAGCGACUAGCGAGUUGCAUCCGGCAGCCCUGCUUCAGAGCUUUUGUGCUCUGGCUACGCAAAAACAUCUGCAAGUAGCAUCACACCGAAAGUGCACACCCACACAUACACACAGAACAGGCUGCUCUGCUCUUGUUGUGCAGAAAUUUUUAAAAAAGCAAAAACCAAAAAAAAAAAUAAA